AGAAGCGUUCACUCCCUCCACAGGAGCGCACAGAUUUUUGAAGAAGCCCGUGGUGGGAAAAGCACGAAUCCAGCAGGCAGCGUUCUGUAGCACUUUCUGAUGACUUAUCCUACCUCGGCAGAAGUAUUUCAGAUCAUUUACACGCCAGUUUGAGGGAUGUUGUAGAGACAAAUUGUCUCCAAAGGGCAUUUGGAGCGCGCAGCCGGAGCCCUUAUAAUGCGGAGGGAUCAAGUCUCAGUAGUUUGUCGGAAUGAACGCAGCGCAGACGGACCCUGAGACUCUGCUUUCAUGGAUAGACUGUCUGAUUGAUUGAUUGGCAUUUGUUUUUUAUUUUGCAACACCGGAGGAUUUUUUCCAGCUCGUGAUUAAUCUUUAAUUUAAAGAAAAGCGUGGAUUAUUUUUGGGAGGAUUUCUUUUGGAAGGUGCGUCUUUAAUGAGGAUAUUGAUUUUUUUUACAGUUAGCCUGCGCCUGGGUCACGGAUCUUAGGAGAGGGAAUUAACCUUUUACCAGGUGGAAAUAUUGUCAGCAUUCUCCUCGGACCCUAACUCAUCUGUGCUGACUCCAACAUGAGGUCUGUCACCGUGUGGAUGUGCGUCUACAGCUUCCUUCUGCUCCUAGCCCCAACCUGUGUCUCCCAAUCCCCACCUACAGAUGAGGCAGCCAGUUCCUGGGGUGGUCCCUCUGCUCUGUCCGUGUCCUUGGCCAACGGUUCUCCAGGAUCUCCAGGUGCCGGGUCCGGCCCCGGAGCACAGCCAGAGUGGGUGGACUGCAUCCAGGCGAGUGACAUGUGCAACCAGAACCCGUACUGCAGCUCUCGGUACCGGGUGAUGCGCCAGUGCCUUGUGGGUAAAGAGAAGGAAGCCAUGCUGGACAACAACAGGGAGUGCCAGGCCGCUUUGGAAGUGCUGCUGGUUAGUCCUCUGUAUGACUGUCGCUGUAAGAGGGGCAUGAAGAAGGAGCUGCAGUGUCUGCAGAACUAUUGGACCAUCCACAUGGGACUCACAGAAGGUGGAGACAUGGAUGAUUCCUCCCCGUAUGAACCCGUAGCUCCAAACCGUCAGUCUGACGUGUUCCGCUUGGCCUCCAUUUCCUCAGGAAUGCACACUGUGGCCCCCAAAGGUUUCCAGUGUCUUGAUCCAGAGAGAAACUGCAACCCCUGCCUUGAUGCAGCCAAAGCGUGCAACCUGAACGGCAGCUGCAAAAGACAACGCUCCGCCUACAUUGCCACCUGCAGCAAGGAGGACCCCAACAAGGGUGAGAGCUGCAGCAAGAAGCGCUGCCACAAAGCGCUGAGGUUGUUCCUGGACCGCGUGCCUGCGGAGUUCAGCCACCGGCUGCUCUUCUGCCCGUGUCAGAGCGAAGGCUGCGCCGAACGCCGCAGGCAGACCAUUGUCCCUGACUGCUCGUAUAAAGACAAGGAGAAACCCAACUGUCUGGAGCUACGGAGGGUCUGCCGCCAGGACUCUCUGUGCAGGUCGAGGCUGGCCGACUACAUGGUGAACUGCUGGAUGACUCCACACACAGUGAGCACCUGUCCCAACCAAGACAAUCAUCAGGCCUGCCUGGCCUCCUACGCAAGGCUAAUCGGGACAGAAAUGACUCCUAACUAUGUGGACAGCAGCGUCUCCAACUGGACCAUCUCUCCAUGGUGCACCUGUAAGGGAAGCGGAAACCAAGAGGAGGAAUGCCUGAACUUCCUGAACCUCUUUACUGAAAACACAUGCCUAAGAAAUGCCAUCCAGGCCUUCGGUUAUGGGAUAGACAACAUGCAGAACAAAAAUGUGUCUGUCCCGGUCCCCUCGGCAGAGACGAAGACAGAGUUGAAUUGGUCGGAAGCUCCCUUUGUCACCAUCCCAAAGUAUCCUGAACCAAGAGACGGUGGCCUUGGCGAAACCCGGGGCCUGACAGAGGAUCACUCCACUUGUCUGUGUGCCAACGUCUGGGCUCUGCUUCCCGGCCUGACUUUGGCUCUGGUCCUGGCCCAGCAUGCCUUAUAGAAGCGCCAGGAGGGGGAAAAAGAGGUCAUCCACCCACAAGCUGAUCCCAAAAGCAGAAGGUGUUAUUUCUGAGACUGAUAUUAAGACGGCUGACUCUCUGGGCAGUUGACAUUAAAGGCAUUUGUGAAGGAAGAAAAAAAACAACAUAAAGGACAAUGGAGGGAAUAUUCAAAUCUUACAAUUGUGAAUUUAUUGUUCAUUUGGUGUAUUGUUAGAAGGGACCUCAAUUGUUAUGAACCACAUGGCUUUAAAGAGGACACGAGAGGCCAGGAGCGACUUUCCGUUGGACUGAGAACCAAAAACAUGGAGGAAUAAAGCCGAUCAUGUCAGAGACUACUGCACUUUUCUCACCGACAGAGGGAGAGAGGGAAUGAACGACACAAUUAAAUGAAGACAGGGGCUGACAAGAAUGAAAUUGUCGCUGAGAGAAAAGGAUUGAGUGUGGAAGAGAGAAAGAGAGAGCGAAAAGAGACAUAUUUCUGCUAUCAGUCACUUUUUUUGUCUUGAAUUGGUUCUCCACUUAAUCUUCUCUCGGAUGAGCAGACCACAAAUUUAGGGGACCAAGCUGGGAGGGGGGGAUGAUUACAUUCUGUCUGUUCAACACAAGUGUAAACUCUAAACUGUAAAGCCUACUCAGUGUUCUAAGUGUUGGUAUAGUAUCAGUGACCAUAAUCAAACUAGCGUGCAGCUUUCAUUUGGGUACUAUAGUAAGCUCUUGUUAGCAGGCAGAGAAAAAGAAGUUCUUUGGUCAUUUGAGAUGUUGUUGUUGACAUCUGUGGAUCAACGUCCACCUGCACAUGUGUAUAUUUCUGUCUCUAUGUAUAUAAACCUCACUUUUCUUUCAUUUAAACCAAACAAUAUCAUCAGUACCUUUAAUGGACUUUACUGUAUGCUAAGACGGCUCUGUAUCGGUACUAAUGGAAGGCCUUCAUUAUCUGCGUUUCUAUUUGUCUAUAAAGGUUUGAUCACAAAGAAUGUAUACAGGGAUGAGAUUAAACGAGCUCAAACUGCUUGGA